GCCAUUGGGGAAGUAAUGCACAGGGCUUCUCUCAACUGAGGAGGGAUCUGUCUGGAAGUAUUAAGACAAACUAAAGAUCGAACCAAGACAGAAAUAACACUGUAAUUAAGGUCAAACCAGCCGACAUUUAACGCUUCUAUUCAAACUGUAUCAGGAUUUGGUUGAUUUCGGACACAGCUUUCGGGGGCUACAUAGUUGAAGUGUGGAAGUUGAGAUCCGUGCAGCGGAGAGCACACAGCUGAGCUAGCUGCAAGCUAGCAUUUAGCCACAAGAUACACGGCAUAACCAACCACAUAAGCUGAAACUAAGCAGGGAACUUGUUUCACAAAACAUCGGUGGAAAAAUAUUCACAAGCUAAGGCUCUGUGAGAAUCAAGGGACUUGUUUAAUGCGUUAUGUCUGCUACAAGCAUUGACCCUCAGAGAUCAAAGGGACAAGCAUCUAAAAUGCAAAAUGGUUCACUGCAUCAGAAGGAAAAUGUCCAUGACAAUGACUUUGAGCCUUACCUCACUGGUCAAUCCACUCAGAACAACAGCUACCAGUCGAUGACGGACCCCUACCUUUCCAGCUACUACGCCCCCUCCAUUGGAUUCCCCUACCCACUCAGCGAGGCCCCCUGGUCCACCGGCGGAGACCCCCCCAUCCCUUACCUCACUUCCUACGGACCCUUGAGCAAUGGAGACCAUCAUUACAUGCCGGACACUGUCUUUGGCCAGCCGGGGGGGCUGGGCAGCAGCAUCUACCCGCACAGGUUUAACUUUUUCCCAGAGAAUCCCGCCUUUUCUGCCUGGGGCACGAGUGGCUCCCAGGGCCAGCAGACCCAGAGCUCUGCCUACGGGGGGAGCUACAACUAUCCUCCCAGCUCCCUGGGUGGCACCCUGGUGCCCGAUGGCCAGACAGGCUUCCACAGCGACACCCUCAACAAGGCCCCCGGUAUGAACAGCCUGGACCAGGGCAUGGUGGGCCUGAAGAUAGGCGGGGACAUGACCGGCCAGGGGUCGGGAGUCAAAGCCGUGGGCUCUGUGAUCGGUGGCCCUGCGCUGGGGCCCACGGGCAACGGGGCCAUGCCUAUAGGGAUGCCCCCGCCGAAACCCACGUCCUGGGCUGCCAUCGCGAGCAAGCCGGCGAAGCCCCAGCAGUUGAAGCUGAAGCUGAAGCCGGGCAUGGGUCCCCCAGGCGGCGCCCUGCCCCCUCCCAUCAAACACAACAUGAACAUUGGCACGUGGGACAAGGGGCCGGUGUCUAAAGUGGCCCCGGGCCCCAUGCAUCAGCAUCAGCAUCAGCAUCAGCAGCAGCAUCAGCAGCAGCAGGCCCCUCUAGGACAUCCCCACAACAUGGGCCCCCAGCCCCCCCUUCAGCAAGCACCUAUGCAGCCCCCUCCACCGCAAUCGAUGGUGCAGCCUCCCAUGCAGCCUAUGGGCUUACAGCCCCAGCACCACCACCACCACCACCAGCCUCCCCCGCAGCCCUACCAGAACCACAACCAACCCCCACCCCCCCAGGCUCGCUGGGUCGCCCCCCGCAACCGCAACCUGGGCUACGGCCCCAACGGGCCGGGCUACGAGGGCUGCGGCGUGGCGGGCAUGGUCGGCGUCGGCAACGGCGGCCCGCCCGCCUCCGCCAGCGGCGGCAUGGGCCCGGGCGCGGAGAACCACCCGGUGCUGGAGAAGCUGUGCGCGGCCCACAGCUACAACCCCCGGGAGUUUGAGUGGAACCUGAAGAACGGCCGCGUGUUCAUCAUCAAGAGCUACUCCGAGGACGACAUCCACCGCUCCAUCAAGUACUCCAUCUGGUGCAGCACGGAGCACGGCAACAAGCGCCUGGACGGGGCCUUCCGCAACCUGAACGCCAAGGGCCCCGUCUACCUGCUGUUCAGCGUCAACGGCAGCGGGCACUUCUGCGGCGUGGCGGAGAUGCGCUCGCCGGUGGACUACGGCACCAGCGCCGGCGUGUGGGCGCAGGACAAGUGGAAGGGCAAGUUCGACGUGGACUGGCUGUUUGUGAAGGACGUGCCCAACAGCCAGCUGCGCCACAUCCGCCUGGAGAACAACGACAACAAGCCGGUGACCAACUCGCGGGACACCCAGGAGGUGCCCCUCGAGAAGGCCAAGCAGGUGCUGAAGAUCAUGGCCACCUACAAACACACCACCUCCAUCUUCGACGACUUCUCCCACUACGAGAAGAGGCAGGAGGAGGAGGAAGAGGUGCGCAAGACCUUUGAGCCUGCACCCAUCCCUAGCCGCUCUCGCCUUGAUCAGGAGCGCCAAAACCGGAAUAAACAAUAGAAGAUAUUUAUCCUUUGCUUGAUCAACAGUUACACUAGAACAUUUGAUUUAAGAGACAGAAGAAUAUGAACAUUAAACCAAGCCCAUCAUUUUUUUUCUAUUUAAUCCUUGUGAAUCUUUGCCAUCGUCAAGACGUGCUUUUCAUGGCCCAUGUUCCUCCCACUUCUUGAGCAGGGAUAGUAAGCUGAUUUCUGUGUAACCUCACCCCUACCACACUGUUCAGACUUUUUUUGUUAAAUUUCUACCAUUGUUCUCUCAUCAGACUGGGUUUGUCUCCGGCCCAUGCCCCUCUUCUUACCCCAUCCCUUUUCGAAUCGAAUCAGGGUUUGACUGCACCACGGAAUAACAAAUCUGCCACUUUAUAUGUCAGUACAAUCAGGAACUGAUGCGUCCUGCCCCUAUUUGUCCAUUGGGGGGCGACAUUGCCAUGUUUCAAAGGUUUAACUGUGCCAACAAAGUUGGAGGAUUCCAGAUACAAUGUCGGUCUGCGGAACUGCUAUAGUAAAACUUCAGUGGUUUAUCUAUUUUUCAUUCAGAUCAACAAAAUCUCUAUUUUUUGGCUUACUACUGACAAUAUUCUUUUCUUUUUUUCUUCUGGAGCCUUAAUUUCGUUGCGUUGGACUUUUAAUUGACUUGUCAGAAGAACCGCUCUGUAACAGUGACAGCGCUGGAGAAAUCAGGGAAAGUGUGAAGUCACACGGAACUCGAGUCCUUUCAAACGGAGGAGUUGCAAGGUCUCUGGGAGCGAAAAGAACCAACAUGUCCUCCACGACCGGAGCACUCCCAUAACUGAAAAUCAAACAAUUGUACUAUUGACCCGUUGGUUUAUUUUAUUCUUAAAUGUCAUGGUCAUUUGUAUGUAACCCUGUAAGGGGAUCAUGUUUGGUCCACACAAUCCAGUCUGAGAGAAUUGUCACAUCCACCAUUUAAAAAUUGUUUUUAUGAUCACCACUUUGUAAUAAUGACCCUGCUACAUUUGAAUUGAGUUGCUGCUGCUCAGGCAGUUUGUUCCGUACAAGGGGCGGGGGGUACUUUGUCCAAAUCAUCAUCAUUCUGAGGAUUUUAUUAUGUUCCUUGAAUUGGGUUUGCUUAGUCAGUUAUGUCGUUCGUAAUGCUAAGCUUUAACGUAGGAGCCUAUAGUCAUGGGAAAAGCCUAAAAAUGUAUAACCGAAAAAAAUAUGUAACUGAUUUAUUAUCAAGACUAAGAGGAAGAAAAGAAAAAAAAAACAAGAAUGAAAUGUGGUUUCUGUGUGUUUUUUGGCUGAUGGUUUUCGUCUUGGUUCAGAUCCCCUUGAAUAGGAGCGAACACAAGUAAUUUUUUUUGUUUUCUGUUAUGGUAAAGAAAGAUCAGGGAUUUAAUCAAAACAAUGUAAACGUGAGUAAUUUAACAAAUUGUACAUUGACGCAUGGCGAGCUGGAAUGACGUAUUGAAAGUAUUAUGCAUCCUUCAGGGCCCUGGAUUGUCGUGGGAUUUGACCUAAUGUUUUUGUUACAGGUUCCAGUCCCCCUUUUACCCCCAGUGUAAACGUCACCUUUUUCUGGUCUCCCAAAGCUGUACUCUGUAGCCCGUGUAAGACCUGCUGGACUCACUGAAACUGAAACCGCCAUAUUGGUAUUCGGGGAAUGGAAGGCAGCAGUAACGCUGCAAACAGGCACAAUUUUGUCUGUUUUCUCUUCCUAUUUGUAUGUCUGUUGGAGACAUGUUAUACCAUAUGCUUAAUUUAACGUCCUACCUUCACGUUUCUCCUUUCACAUCUGAGGAACACACCUGAGUAGCAAACCUUGGUUCACAUCGCUCACUCUUGUCAGUUAGGACUUGUAUGCCCCCUAUAACACAGAUAUUGUAGAAAUUCAGCAUUUACUGAUGUCAGUCCCUUGUGCGUGUGUAUGUAUAAGAGCCGGAAUCAAACCUUUUUUUUUGUUUUUGUUUUUUCUUCUUCCCAACAGUUACUUUCAACAGCCAUGUAUGUGUUUCCCGGCAAGCAAAGCCAUUGUAAUUUGACAACUGCCCGUACUCCCAAUAGGAUUAUGAUUUACGGUUGCUCUUUAUACGUAAACUAGAUGGGAGAUCACACGCGGGGCAGUGUGGUGAGCUCAAUUUGAGUGCUUUUUAUUUUUUUGCUUUUCCCCCCUCACCCCCCCCCCCACCCCCAACCCACUGCUGGUAAACCCUUAAAGACGUCAGUGGCACUGUCGAAAGUCUACGAAAUUCCCAUGAUUCACUGGGUCACAGCCACAGCGGUCGUUGCCUCAGGAGGCCUGAACUGGUCAUGAAAACACUACAGGGCGGCUUAUGUGCACAUGAAUGGACAACUUGUCUCAAGGUGUGAGUGAGCGCGUGUGUGUAAGGAAAACCGAGUGAGAUCCUGGCUGGUGGGCCAAGAAAGUAUAUGUACCGUCACACUAAGAAUAAUUACAUGAAAUAUAGAAGAUGAAUAUUGAUUAUCCUAUAAACCACAGUUGUAGUGGGCAUAAUAACCUGUAAUGGUUGUAAAGAUGUAUCUUGGUUUAUCUUUGUAGAAGAAAUCAAGCCUUAAUAAACUGUCCAUUCAGCAAACCGGCUCUCCUUCAUGUCUUACAUUGUCAGCCUAUUAGGUUGUGGAAAUGUCACGGUGACCUUAAGCAGCCCGUGAAGAUCGGCCUGUCUGCAUGAAUGUCGUCCAAGGUGGACUGUUUUCUGCCUGUCUAAUCUCUUGUCCAUUGCAGGAUAAUAUAGACACACACACACACUUCUGCAAAUUGAGUUGCCAUGUAAGGUCAUAUCCACUUGUUUCUGGUUCCCAAUCCGUGCCAUUACACACACACACACACACACACACACACACACACACACACACACACACACACACACACACACACACACACACACACGCACACACACAGAAACAGACCCACAUGUACACACACACUUUGACCUGAUGGGAACUCUCCGUGGUGCUGAAACCUAGAAUUCGAGUGCGGGCUAGUGUAAAUGUAGAGACUAUUUAUAUAUGCUGGUUAGUAUAAAUCGAUGGUCACCAUUGAUUUUCUUUUAUUUAUUAGACAUCAGUCACAUAAAAUAUGACUGACCCUCAUGUGUGAUUACAAAUAUAAAAUGGCAUGUGACAUAUCUUGCAUAUCUUUUCAAUUAAAUGUUUACGGCACACAGUGGACACAAUCUGAUGCAAAUCUGUAAUCAAGAAUC